AUGAGGGCCCCCAGCGGCGGCAGGGUCAUGGUGGAGGUACGGCGGGCCAGGAAGGACCAGGCGGGGGAGAUCACGGAGGUGGUCAACUGGGCCUACAGGGGCAAGUACGAGGGCGGUGACGCGGGCGCGUGGACGACGGAGCGGGACAUCAUAGGGGGCAUCCGGACGACCGAGCUGGACGUCCUGGAGGUGAUCGCCAGCUGCGACCGCAGCGGACCCCGCACGGAGAUCCUGCAGGUCGCCACGGGGACGAGCGGUGCCGUGAUCGGCACCAUCCACGCCAAGCGCGUCGCGCCUGGGGUCGUGGAGCUCGGCCUCUUCGCCGUAGACCCCGACUUCCAGUCCGAGGGCGUCGGCUCGCACCUGGUGAAGACCGCUGAGAAGCACGCGUACUGGAAGAUGGACGCCAAGGUGGCGGUCAUGUACGUGCUCACCGUGCGGACGGAGCUGCUGAGCUGGUACGGCCGGCUCGGCUACAAGGCCACCGCCGAGCGCGUGCCGUUCCCGCCGCCGGAGGCCGGCGUCGGCGUCCCGCGGCAGCCGGGCCUCGAGUUCGUCUCGGGCUGCAGAAGACGCUCGAGUGGGACGCCGGGUCCUAGCCCGCCGCGGGCGGAGGGAGCGCUCGGGCCACCGGCCUCCGGCCGGGCGGCCGUCCGAGCGCAGCAAAAGCGGGCCUUUUGGGGGGGAGUUCGGUGCGAGGCCCCCCCGGCACUAGUAAAAUGCCGGAUUUUCCGUCGCGCGCCACCGCUAACGACGUGCCCGUCUCUUCCGCCCCGCCGCGGGCCCCGAGGAGAUCUGACGCGAGGGCGGCGCCACUGA